AGUGAUAGGGUGUAACGUGUUUGUGUUAUUGUGCAACAACGUGCGUGAAAGUUAAUGUGCGCGAUGUCGAUGGUAGCAGGCUGGAAACGGAGGAAGUGAGAUGGUGGCAAAAGCAAAAGUGACCAGAAUCGAUUGCGGAAUUGAUGGUGAUAUUGCACUUUGAAUCGGCUGCCAAGUGCGCGAUUGCCAGUAAGCACGGUUCGGACAGGCAAUCUGUAGUCGAUCCGACUAAGUAGUGCCCAUCAUCUCCUGGCUUGGCGGAAAGUCUGCUAGUGCUGUGUGCGUAGUUCUUUUGCUCCUCAGCUUCAAGGCGGGCACACGCGGUGCGUAAUUGUUCGCACGUCAGAUACACAAGCUUGCUCCUCCCCGGAUUGGAUAGCAAAUCGGACGUCGUCUGUCAUGGAAGCGGCCUCCGCUGGCUAUGCCGAUUGUUUCGGCAGCGGCGGACCAAACCUAGUCGGUGCCGGAGUUGAACGUGUUCACCUGACAGCCUCAGAGGGAUGCUCUCUGGCCAGCGAUGGCAGCGCGGCCAGUGGCCUGCACAGUGGCAUUGCACCUAAGGAGGAUCUCGGCGAUAUGACCUUCUUCAUAUCGAACUUUCCGCGCGAAGUGCUCAAAAUGAUGUUCAUGAUGCGGUCCCAUCACAUGCUGACGGACGUGGUGUUGGAGGUGGAACAAGAAACGUUCGACGCGCACAAGGUGGUCCUGUCCGCCGCCAGCCCCUACUUCAAGGCCAUGUUCACUGGCGGCCUGAAAGAGUGCGAGAUGACACGGGUGAAGCUGCAGGGCGUCUGCCCGACGGCGAUGGCCCGGAUUCUGUUUUUUAUGUACACCGGCCACAUCCGAGUAACCGAGCUGACCGUUUGUCAGUUGCUGCCGGCGGCCACCAUGUUCCAGGUGCCGAAUGUGAUAGACGCGUGCUGUGAGUUCCUCGAGCGCCAGCUCGACCCAACCAACGCGAUCGGUAUCGCGAACUUUGCCGAGCAACACGGCUGCGAGACGCUGCGCCAAAAGGCGAACCAGUUCAUCGAACGUAAUUUUACGCAAAUCUGCCGCGAGGAAGAGUUCCUACAACUCUCUAUGAUCCAACUGAUAUGUCUGAUCCGGAAGGACGAGCUGAAUGUACAGGGUGAACGGGACGUGUACGAUGCGGUGCUGAAGUGGGUCAAGUACGACGAGGAGAAUCGUUAUCCGAGGAUGGAGCACAUCCUUUCGGCGGUUCGCUGCCAGCUGCUCACGCCCAGCUUCCUGAAGGAGCAGAUGAAGAACUGCGAGGUGCUGCGAAAGGCGCCCGGUUGCCGCGAGUACCUGGCCAAGAUCUUUCAGGACUUGACACUCCACAAACGACCGGCCGUUCGUGAGCGCAAACCCAACACGACGCGCAUGAUUUUCGUCGCUGGCGGCUACUACAAGCACUCGCUCGACAUGCUGGAGGGCUACAACGUGGACGACAAGGUGUGGCUGACGCUGCCGAAGCUGACCGUUCCGCGCUCCGGGCUCGGGGCGGCCUUUCUCAAGGGCACCUUCUACGCGGUCGGUGGACGGAACAAUUCUCCCGGUUCGUCGUACGACUCGGACUGGGUCGAUCGGUACAACCCGGUGACGGAAACGUGGCGCCCCUGUUCGCCAAUGUCCGUGCCACGUAACCGUGUCGGUGUGGUGGUGAUGGACGAGCUGCUCUAUGCGGUCGGUGGUUCGUCGGGCUCGGACUAUCACAACACGGUCGAAUAUUACGAUCCGGAAACGGAUCGCUGGACACUGGUGCAACCGAUGCAAGCGAAACGCCUGGGCGUCGGAGUGGCCGUCGUCAAUCGGCUACUGUACGCGUUCGGUGGCUUCGACGGCAAGACUCGGCUCGCGUCGGUAGAGUGUUACCAUCCGGAAAAUAACGCCUGGACACCGGUGCCCCCGAUGUGCUACGGUCGCAGUGGGGCGGGUGUCGCCGCCCUGCACCAGUACAUUUACGUGGUCGGUGGAUUCGAUGGGACGAGGCAGCUGGCAUCGGUUGAGCGGUACGACACGGAGCAGCAGUGCUGGGAGAUGGUCGCCCCAGUGCGAAUAGCACGUAGCGCUCUCUCGCUGACCGUGCUCGACGGUCGGCUGUACGCGAUCGGAGGUUACGAUGGGCAAGACUUUCUGACCAUUGUGGAAGUGUACGAUCCGGUGCGGGAUGUGUGGGACGAGGGCACCCCUCUGACGUCGGGCCGUAGCGGACACGCAUCUGCCGUCAUCUACACGCCAUCGUGCAUAUCCAGCUACAUGGAGAGCUUGAACCUGGCUGAGGAGAAGCGCAACAACUCUGGUGGUUCACCGGCCGCCCCAGACUCUUCAUCCUCUCCGCCCUCGUCUUCGAGAGCCGGUGGUGGUGGUGGUGCCGGUGGUUUACCGGCCGCUGGUGAAGGUGGGUCUGGAGGAGGAGGCGGAGGUCCUAGAGAUGGCGGAACGGAAUCAGUCAGCGAGGAGGACGAGGAACAGUUUGCCAUGGAUACCGAUUCUAGUCAAGGGGAAUGUGAUAAGGAUGCCGCGGGUAGCAGGGCGGCGUUGGAUCCGCAAAGUGUUCCACUCGAAGGGGCACCACCUCCUGACGUAUGGCUGGUCGCAUCACCUCAGUCGACACCAGUGGCACCACCCCAACCAACGAUACCACCGGCUCCUGCGCGCAGGGUUUGUCUCGGCGGUGGUGGUCCGGGAGCGGUGCUUCAAUGUGGGCUAACCCGUCGUGUACUUUCCUGUCGCCGCUCGAAACGCAGCCAAGAGAAAGAUCGCAGCCGCCAAUCGGCACAAAAGAAUCAUAAACGCAGCUGUUCGGCUGGAAGCAACAAAUAUACACUGACCGUCGCGCCGUUGCCGGUGGUCCUGAAAUCGGCGGAUUCAGCGUGUACUAGUAAAAGCAAACGGAAAGCGUCCCUCAACUCGUCACCCACCGAUGACUGUCCGUUAGUGCGACUGGUAAAGAAGCGGUUGACCUGCUUCAUGUCGGCGAUCGUUUCGCCUGCUUCGUCGAGCAGCAACCCGGCGCCGGCUGUGAUGGCGAAUAACGCAUCGAUGCCAUCGCACGGAGAAGCGGGAUUGUCGGGCGCGAACGGCGACGACUCGCCGACGACCACCUCCGCUGCCGAACAAUGUUCGUUACCACCCGUUACAGUGCCAAUUGCACCCUGCCAAUCGGCGAUGGCCGCAUCGGUAGUUCGCCGAACGCCCAGUUCGAAAUUAUGACACGACAGACAGCAAUUAAGCGCCCACUUAAUGUAUCGACCUUAUGUAGCGUCUUCUUAAUGUAUCGUCUUCCCGCGCCACCUAACCGAGCUGUCGAUCUAGAAAUGAAUCUGACAAAUCAUGCAGAACCAAGGCUCCCGAACGCAGCACAACGUGUCCCUAGUUACGGGCGAAAACAUGCAAUUUUUUGAGCUUCCAAAUCCCUCGACGACAUUCCGUUCAAUCAUAGCAGUCGAGAAGAACCAGCAAAAAAAACCAAUGCAAACCAAACCUACUGUAGAAUACAAAGAAAGUAAACGGGAGCAAUAGUAAGGGAGAAAGCAUUAGCAUAGAGAGAGAGAGAGAGGCUUCCGGAGUAAACUAAACAAACACACAACGAACGAAACGAUUUUCCGGUAUCGCUAUCGAAAACUCGAUCGAUACGCGUCCCUGCCUUGGUUGCCUUCUCUGUUUGAACGUAGCGCGUAUCCGAUUUCAAAAACCCGAAGUUACAUCUACUGCGGGAAGAUACCCAAGGGGUGCCAUCCAAACGGCAAACCCUAGUGAAACGUUAACCACUGGCGGGACAUCGAACUUGCUCCGGUGCCUAUCGGUGUGUGUCUUAUACCGUGUAUAAGACCGAUGGAACCACGCUCGGACUAAUCUCCACGCUCAUUGUCGUUCCCGAUGAGUUACCCGUUAACUUACACUUCAUGUAAGGGGGUACACUAGUUUUUGCGAAGAGUUAGAUGCAAUCUUCCUGCUUCCACCGGGAGGAAUGAAUUUAGAAGAAAUAUUUCCUAGGGUUACUGUGUACGUUUAAAUAAAGUGAAACCCAAAGCACAACAUUCGUCGCGUAAGUUAGGAGCGCUGACGG